AUGGCGACCGACCACGACGCGAGUGCCCAAAAGAAGGCCAUUGCCCGGGAGAGGGCUCGCGAGUAUUAUCACCGCAAUCGAGAGCAGAUUCUUGCCCAGCGCCCGACCCGCAAACGGGACCAGACUUUGCACAAGCCCAGAGGUCGCCCACGUAAGUACGCUACGGAGGAGGAGCAAAAACGGGCGAUAAGCCUGAAGAAUAGACGAUACUAUCAGAAUAAGUCACCCACCAAUUACGCGCCAAGUAUCACCCUCCUCCCAGCCAGGGCGCGAACCUUCAUCGAUGCGUACAGAGAGAGACUCAUGGUGAGCGCAAUAAUUCCCUAUUCCCUGCCAAGAUAUAGCUGGUUACACGGCGACCUCAGUCCUCCGCAUAUACUAGCAGCCUACGAUGUCAUGGAAACCGCUAGGUUGGAAUUCCGCCGACUUACAUCGUGCAGUCCGUACGAAAGGGCCAAACAACUGGCCUCGCAAUUCAUUCAAAGCAAAGACCGCACCUCCAUUGCGAAGGAAGAAACCCAGGUGAACUCGAUCCUCGCGAAAGCGCACGAUGCUGAGAGGAUGUUGUUGAAUCAAGAGGGCACAAUUACGGGCACAUACUACCUCAAGGCCAUCCAGGUAUCGCGGCAAGUACGAGAAUAUCUACUCUGGGUGGAGGAAUUGGACCUGGAGGCCAGAUUCUCCCAUAUCGACUUCACUCGAGCGUUCCACAAGGAGGAACUCGCUUUCCAAGUCGCGUGGAAGCGUAACAACCCCACAGCGCAUGUUCAAAACGGGUCUGCCCAAACCACAAAAUCGUACAAGCGUAUUAGAUAG